AUGCUCUUCUCUAGCCUCGCCACUCUCUUUGCUCUCGUUGCCAUUGGCAGUGGCGCACCCGUUCAGGAAUCUAGGCGUCUGUCCGUACGACAAGCCAACGGACCCGUAGUCAAAGGGCGCUACAUUGUCAAACUCAAGAGUUCCGUCAAUGCCGCCGUCCAUAUCGACUCGCUCCCCUUUGCAUUCAGCGUCGCGGAUUCAAAUUCGCCCAUUACCCAGUCAUAUAGUUCCGACUUUUUCUCUGGCAAGUCCUUUUGGUACGCUGGAGACUUUUCAAAGACAGACUUGGAUGCAAUCCUUGCUUCUCCCGACGUCGACUUUGUCGAAGAGGAUGCCAUCUUUUAUGCUCUUGAUCAACAAAAGAAUGCACCAUGGAGCCUUCAGAGCAUCAGCUCGCAGACCCCCGUCGGCGGUAGCGAUACCAACCGCAUGGACUAUACUUAUUCGUACACCGAACCAGCCGGUGCGGGCGUAGACAUUUACAUUAUCGACACCGGCGUAUACGCCGAGCACGAGGAAUUUGGUGGACGCGCCUCGAUUGGCUUUGCCGCCAACAAUCUACCAAAGCAAGACGGCGCCGGUCACGGUACGCACUGCGCAGGCUCGGCGGCUGGAAAGACUUUUGGAGUCGCCAAAAAUAGCAAUAUCAUCGGUGUCAAGGUUCUCGCAGACAACGGAUCUGGUUCGACAUCCGAUAUCGUCGCCGGUUUGCAGUACGUGGUCCAAAACGCCAAAUCGACGGGCCGUCCCUCGGUCGGAUCCAUGUCCCUUGGCGGUGGUACCUCUCAGGCUCUCGAUGAUGCCGUCCGAACGACCAUCGCAGCCGGUAUUCAGAUGAUUGUCGCCGCGGGCAACAGCGGCGUCGACGCUUCGGCUCAAUCCCCCGCUCGCGUUCCCGAAGCUAUCACUGUCGGUGCAGUGGAUAUUGGAAACGUCAAGGCCGGUUUCAGCAACUUUGGAUCGCUAGUAGACAUUUUUGCGCCCGGUGUCAACAUUACCAGUGCAUGGAUUGGGGCCCCCGACGCUAAGAACAAGAUCUCUGGAACUUCGAUGGCAACCCCACACGUCGCUGGUCUCGCUGCCUAUCUCCUCUCAAAGGAACCGACACUCACGCCUGCAGCCUUGACCAGCAAGCUCCUUGGACUCGGCACCCAGAACGUCAUUACGGGACUUCCAUCUGGAACCGUCAACCUCCUUGCCUACAAUGGCGAAGGUGGUGCAUCAGCGCCAGUAGCCAUCCCCUCGCAGACCACCACCCCAACCGAUAAGAACUCUUGCCCAGCAUGGUGGCAGGACUGCUUCUGGAAGGACUGGUUCAAGAAGUCGCUCUAA